AUGGUUCAGCCAGACUUUUGGACCAGGCUCCCUCUCACCAGCCCCUGGCCUGGCCUUCAGCAAUCCUCACUGAAACCUCCACCCGCCAGUGAAGAUCCUCUGGCCCUGGCCAUCACUGAGAACUGCUCCACCUUGGAAACUGGACUCCAGCCAUCAGAUAACCAGACACACCCCUGGGCUGGGCACAAAGUUCCUUAUUUGGGUUUUGUGGCUUUCUCAGGUGGUAGCUGGGACUCUGCACAGAGAAAACACUCUCUCUCUGAAACUGCCCGGUUUGGGGAGCACAGUCUUGUUCCUGAGGCAACUGUUUCUCUGCAGACCUUGAAGGUGAAGCGCUGCUGUGCACAUAGGAAGCUGAAACCCCGCUUGACUCUACCAACAGGACGCAGUCCUUCAAACUCACAGGACCUCUUGAGGGCAGCCCAGUCACCCAAAGGAACAGAUGAUUCUCUUAACUGCCGAUGGCCCACACUGCAUUUCCCUUCGAGGCAGCCCAGCAACCUGGGGAAGGAACACAGUGUGGUGAGAAGAGUCCUGCCCAAGGCCACCAGCCAAAAAGGGGCAGAAUUGGCACUUGCACCCAAGGACUUUGCUUCAGCCCUGAACACAGCCUCUAAUCCUGUACUGUCCAAUGACAGCCACUAGCCCCAUGUAACUAUUUAAAUUUGCAGUCAUUAAAAUUUAUAAAAUAAAAAUUUUACUUCCUCA